AUGUUGGGUGACAUUGGUGUCCCUGCGCUGGGUGACACUGGGACCAGUUCACACCGGUGCUCCCAGUCCCGCCCCUUCUCCAGGUUCUGGGGCCAGAAUGGGUCAGAGCACCGGGACUUGGAGCACGGGACUGGGGGCAUCCCGAGGUCACCCAGACAGCGACCACCCGGGGGAGGAGGCAAAGCCGCGGUCGUUUCCCCGUGUGAACGUGAUGGACGCAGAGGGGGGGGCCCUCCAGCCCGGACCCCCCCCGGGACCCUGAGAGCACCGCCACAGCCCAUCCCGGCAGCGAGGGCACCGGGUCGCCCCGCAAAGCGACGUCGGAAAGCAGCAGCAGCGCAGCCCAGGAGCGGAGCUUUGGGGCACCCGCGGGCUUUGGGGCCGUUGGAGGAGCUGCUGGGGUUGCGGGGCGGCCGCCUGCGCCCCACCAUCUGCGGGGAGUGCGGGAAGGGCUUCAGCCGCAGCUCGGACCUGGUGCGGCACCGCAUCACCCACACCGGGGAGAAGCCCUACACGUGCGGGGCCUGCGGGAAGGGCUUCAGCCAGAACUCCAACCUGGUCACCCACCAGCGCAUCCACACCGGAGAGAAACCCUACAGCUGUGGGGCCUGCGGGAAGCGCUUCAGCGAGAGCUCGGCGCUCAUCCAGCACCAGCGGACCCACACCGGGGAAAAGCCCUAUUGCUGCGGGGAGUGCGGGAAGCGCUUCAGCGUCAGCUCCAACCUCAUCCGGCACCGGCGAACCCACAGCGACGAGAAGCCCUACAUCUGCGUGGAGUGCGGGGAGGGCUUCCGCCACAAAUCCCAGCUGCGCCGGCACCAGAAGCUGCACUCGGCAGCCACUGACGUCCCCAGAGAAGAGACCCUCCCGGCUGUCCCCAUGGAGCAGGAUGAGCCCUGCGUGGUGGAACUCCACGACCCGGAGGAGGCGGGCAUGGUGCGGAGGGUCUGCAUCGGUGAGGAGGGGGCAGGAAGAGGGGGGCAGCGGGGGGCCGUGGCGCCGGGGGCUCCGCCAUGGGGGGCUACGGCGAGGAGGAGCAGGAGGGCGGCGGGGGGCGGCUGCGGGGGGGGCCGCCAGCGCCCUUUUAUCUGCAACGAGUGCGGGAAGAGCUUCAGCCACUGGUCCAAACUGCUGAGGCACCAGCGGACUCACACCGGAGAGCGGCCGAGCACGUGUGGGGAGUGCGGGAAGAGCUUCAGCCAGAACUCACACCUGGUGCAGCACCGCCGCACGCACACCGGGGAGAAGCCGUACCGCUGCGGGGACUGCGGGAAGAGCUUCAGCUGGAGCUCCAACCUCAUCCAGCACCAACGCAUCCACACCGGGGAGAAGCCCUACAGCUGCGGGCAGUGCGGGAAGAGCUUCACGCAGAGCAAAAACCUCAUCAAGCACCAGCGCACCCAUUCGGGGGCCCGGCCCCAUCGCUGCGGGCAGUGCGGCCGCGGCUUCGCGCAGAGCACCAACCUGCUGAAGCACCAGCGGGUGCACGCGGCCUGCAGCCAGCCUCCGGCCUGCCCCGAGUGCGGGCUGAGCUGCUGCGACGGGGCCGAGCUGGAGCUGCACCGGGCGCAGGCGCACGGCCACGAGCCUUACAUCUGCGUGGAGUGCGGGGACAGCUUCGCCAAAAGCGCCACGCUCAAACGCCACAAGCGCGUCCACAAACCCGUCUUCGUGCACUGAGCUGGGGUUGGGGGGACGCCCUGCCCGAGGAUGGAGCGGCUCAGGAUGCGAGGCCCGGAGCACCGGCCCUCGGUGAACGUGUAGGGUUGGACCCUGUAGAUGUACAUAGCGUGGGGUGGGGGCCGUAGGGUAGAAGCAAAGCGAGGGGCUGGGAUGUGGGGCGCGGCGGGACGGCUGUAGAAUAAAGCACUUCUGUCUGGGGGACGCAGAUGAGUUGUGUUGGGACAGGGGGGCUCUGCUGUGACCUCACCCCAUCGCACAGGGGAGGUGCAGGGGCUGGGAGC